AUGCCUCACUCUUGUGCAAUGUUCUCGGCUCCCCACUCAAAUCAUCCAUUUUCGACUCUGAUUUUCCUUUCAGCCCUUUUCUCAGCUCUCCAUUUCUCGGUUUCUCUCCCCAACAAACCCUACUUCGGUUCGAAUCUCGUUCUCAUAGGCGACGCCAGGUUUACGAACAACAGCUCGUGCAUUCAGCUCACUAACCCUAAAAUUUCCUCUCCCAGCUCUGGAUUCCUCACUCAGGGAAAGCCCAUUAAGCUUUUCAGCUCGAAUUCGAAGGGUAGAAACCCAAUUUCAUUUUCCACCGACUUCACUUUCUCAAUUUCGCCUCACAAUGGCGACGGCAUGGCGUUUCUGGUCGUGCCCAGAAACUUCGUUUCGAAGUUUCCCAGCGGAAGUUUCGGGGUUCUGAAAGAAAGCCGGUUUUUCGGGGUGGAGUUCGAUACUUCGGCUGAUGAUAAUGUGGGCGAUGUGAAUGGUAAUCAUGUCGGUGUAGAUGUGGGAAGCCUUGUAUCUGUGAAAACGAGCAAUGUUUCGUCGAUCAAUUUGGUUCUGAAUAGUGGAGUAAAAUUGCAUUCUUGGGUUGAUUACGAUUCGAGUUCGAAAAAAAUCGAGGUUAGGUUGAGUAAAUUUGGGAGUUCUAGGCCUUAUAAUCCUCUGUUAGUGUAUAAGAUUGAUUUGGGUGAUAUCUGGAAAAACGAAGAAGUUCUUGUGGGAUUGAGUUCAUCGAGUGGGAACUCAAUGCAGACUAGCAAUGUGUAUUCGUGGAAUUUCAAGACAAGGAAUAUUCCGAAAUGGCUGCACUCUCAACCGAUGGAUCCGCGCGCAGUUUCCAACGACCACAGUGAGGAGAAAUUAGCACAAAAGAAAAAGAUUUGCGCUUUCGGUGUUCUUUCGGGAUUGGUUUUCAUGACAGGGUGCGGUGCGUUAUUAGCCCUGAUUGUUCUGUUUUUGUGGGCAAUGUUCGAAAAUAGCUCGGAGGCAGUGUUGACUUUUCCGGCAAAGUGUGGUGUGCAUUCCGGGGAUUUCAGGUACGAAAAGAUUAACGUAGUUGUAAAGGAUAACAUGGCUAAUGCUAAGAAUUAG